GAGCUUUGCAGUGCUCUGGAGCAGGACCAUGCAAAGCUACAGAUGGAGAGGGAAGAUGUAGAGCAAAGGACACAAAAGCUGAAGAAAGAGGGAGAGCUGCUUCUUAAAAAUCUUGAGCGACAAAUGUCUUUAAAGAGAGAUGAAGAGAAAUCCUGCCAGGCCAACAUUUUUUUAGCAAAGGAGGAGCAGAACAGACUGAGGCAGGAGAAGCAGGUGCUGAAAAAGAAACUGGAAGAAGUGAGGAAGAAGGUUGUCUGGGAGGAUCCGGUGAUGAUGCUGCCUGCCUUGCCAGAGAGGAAAAUGGUGUUUAAAGGUCUUGUGACAAACAAGGAGGAUAUGAACAAGCUGAUGCUCACCCCACUGAUCCACUACCCUCUGCCAGGGGGCUCAGCUCUCAUCACCUUUGAGAAGGCCGAGGUGGCCCAGAGGAUCAUAGAGGUGAAGGAGCACGUGGUGGAGCUGAGCUGUGGGGACGAGCUGGAGGAGAUUGACCGGUGCCAAAUGCGAGUGCAGGCAGCGCCAGUGGACAUCCUGCUGCCAUCUGCCCUGGAGAUCGGGCUGACUCGCAGCAGCAGGAGUAUCCUCCUGUCUGACCUGCCCAGCCUGGGCAUCCCCGAGGAGGGACUGCUGGACAAGCUGGAGAUCUUCUUCAGCAAGACGAAGAAUGGGGGCGGCGAGGUGGAGAGCAGGGAGUUCCUGGACAACACUGGCCAGGUGGUGCUGACCUUUGUGCAGGACGGAG